CGUGGGGAGGCAGCGGGCGCGCUGCUUGACGUAUUCUCGCGCGACGGCCGCCGUCCGCUCCGCCAUGGGGGCUCGGCGGGCGCUGCACUUCGUGUUCAAAGUUGGGGACCGGGCGCGGACCGCGAGCUUCUACCGAGAGCUGCUGGGCAUGAGCGUGCUGAGGCACGAGGAGUUUGAGGAGGGCUGCAAAGCCAGCUGCAAUGGCCCUUAUGAUGGAAAAUGGAGCAAAACGAUGGUGGGCUACGGGCCAGAAGACAAUCACUUUGUUGCGGAAUUGACUUACAAUUAUGGUAUUGGAGAAUAUCGCCUGGGCAAUGACUUUCUGGGCAUAACACUUGUGUCCAGCCAGGCCGUGAGCAAUGCCAAGAAGAUGGGGUGGCCCCUCAAAGAAGUCACAACUGGUGUUUUCGAAGCUGAAGCCCCAGGAGGCUACAAGUUCUACUUGGAAGACAAGGAACAGCUCAAGCAAGAUCCUGUGCUGAAAGUAACCUUGGGUGUCUCUGACCUGCGCAAGUCUGUUAACUACUGGUCUGAUUUGCUUGGCAUGAAAAUAUAUGAGAAGGAUGAGGAAAAACAAAAGGCUUUGCUAGGCUACGCGGAUAACCAGUGUAAGUUGGAGCUGAAGGCUGUUGGAGGAGCGGUGGAUCAUGGGACAGCGUUUGGGCGGAUUGCCUUCUCCUGCGCAAAGGAAGAGUUGCCAAAGAUUGAAGCACUGAUGAAAAAGGAGAACCAGAAAAUUUUAACUCCUCUGGUUAGCUUGGACACACCUGGCAAAGCCACAGUGCAAGUGGUUAUUUUGGCUGAUCCUGAUGGCCAUGAAAUCUGUUUUGUGGGAGAUGAAGCAUUCCGAGAUCUGUCCAAGGUGGACCCUAAUGGUGACAAAUUGUUAAACGAUGCCAUGGCAGGGGACGACAGUGACAAAUGGUUUGCUGCACAAAAUAGGAAGAAGGCAUCUGCUUAGCUGGAGAGAAGGAAUGGACUGCUCAUUUGUGCCUUGUUUUUCAUCUGAGUGAAAUGCAAGUGCUGUCUAAUCUGUUGCAUCACCUCUUCCAGUAAGAGGGCACGCAAUGUCUCAUGCCGGUUGGUUUGUUUGAUUUCAGCUUGUCUCUUACUGUGACUCUCUCCUUUCAAGCAAAUAACGUGUUCUUCUUCAAAAAAAAUCAAGUUAUGCAGUA